AUGAGUGAUAUCGAACAGGUUAAAAAACUUGAUUUGGAGGCUCCAGAUAUAGUGAAGACAUACCACAAGUCUUCCUACGCCGCUAUAUCACCUCUCCGUCCUGAGUUAUCCCAAGCCGGGAGAACAGUCCUGAUUACUGGUGCAUCCGCUGGGAUAGGAUUUGCAAUCGCUAUGGCAUAUGCCUUAGCCUCUGCCUCCAAAGUGAUCCUCCUAGGUCGUCGUAAAGACGUCGUCCUCAAUUCGGCUUCUAGGUUGUCAGACGAGUUCAAAAAUACAAAGUUUGAAGCGCGAGUCUGCGAUGUUGGAAACGUGGCCGAGUCUGCAGCGCUCUGGUCUGACCUCCGUGCUGAGGGCGUUUUUGUCGAUGUCCUCGUGCUGAAUGCAGCGAGGUUCGGAGGCCAGGAAUCGAUAUUAGAUGCGGGCGUUGAGAAUAUUUGGUCGCAGUAUGAAACGAAUGUGAGAUCGCUCUUACAAUUCACCGAGCAAUUGUAUAAGCAACAGGGUCACGAGGACAGGCAAAAAUAUCUCGUUUAUAUCUCUACGGCCGCAAUCCAUAGUAAAUCAAUUGCAGCGGCCCUGCCAACCUAUUCUCUCAGCAAAACAUCUGGUCAUCUCCUAUUGCAAAAGAUAGCUAGUGAGAUUGACCGAAAGAAAUUACAAAUCGUCAGUUUCCAUCCCGGACAGAUCCUCUCUGAGACGAGCAGAAAUGCCGGUCUUGACGAAACCACGCUUUCUUGGGACGAUGAUAAUCUACCCGGACAUUUCGCCGUCUGGGCAGCCAGUUCCGAAGCUGCAUUUUUACACGGUCGUUUUACAUGGGCUGCUUGGGAUGUAAAUGAGAUGCAAUCUGGAGACGUCAAGAAGCGCACGGAAACAGAUGCGAAUUUUCUCACUAUUGAUUUUGUAGGGCUGUGA